AUGGACGGUAGUGGCCACCCUGCUGGCCAACACCGUCGUUUAUGUGCUGCAAAAGGCAGCAUUCGGGAUGAGCGCGCCGUUCAUGAACGACCGCACGAUUCCGUGGACGAAUUUGUGGUGGUCAAGAGCGGCGUUGGUCGUCCACUUGAACGGCUUCGCGGCGAUGUUUGUGACGGCCGUCGCGGGAACCAUGUUCCCCGAAUUCCUCGCGACGAUCGCAGCCCGGCCAGCCCAAAGGAAACCAUCGGCUAUCUGGUCGUCGUCACCCCGACCCUGCAGCUCUUCUGUAAAGCGCUCAACUGGACCUGCCUCGAACCGGUGAUCCGCCGCUACUGCCCCCCAUGCAAGACGCGGCUGGCCAAGCUAGCCCAAUUCAUCAGUGGCGGCGGAUCAACGGUGGCGCUGGGCGGGCUGUGGCUGACCACUGGGCUUGGAUGGGCUGCAUCCCCAUUGCCCAUGGUCUGCAUCGUCGUCCACGCCGCACUCUACAGCAUGCUCUACCUGGUUUUGCCGGUCGGCAACGUGAUCGGCGCGCUGCUGUCGGCCCCCCUGACGACAGCAUUCGGGUGCAAGCGAGCGCUGAUCGGGGGAAGAGCAGCCGUGUCGGGGGCCCCGGAAGGGCCCGAACAAGCAGAGGAAAUCGUAUCCGGACCG